GCCAGCAUUAGCUGGCUGAUAUUCACCCCCCUACCACCCCCGGCUGCACGGAGGCAUUUUCGGAGCUGUCAUUUCAUCCAAAGACUGAUGUGCACCGGCUGAGCUUUUUUUUCUUCAUUGAUAUUUAUCUUUAUGUUUUAUAUUGCCAGUUGCUAUCUUUUAAGACGACUGCCUUGCUAUAAAAGUAUGACGGAGUGUCGAGAAAUCGGCGGUGUUGAUUUCAGUCCGCUUGUUCACGAGGAGUUCAUGGGCUCGGGGUGAUGCUGUCAUACAGAGCCGCAGCUCCUCGGGGGACUGUCACAUAUUCCUCUUGUCUAUAAAAUAUCAUAUCGUAUUACUGUAUUAAUAAAAGCGUAUGCUUCAAACGUAGGGACAUACUGCAAUAUUUAAGAACGGAGGUAUGGAUGCACAUGCCGGUUUGCGUCGGAUGUGACAAACCAGGCGCAUCAUUUUCAAGAACACAGGCUAACGGCGAGCGUUUUAAGAACCUAGAAAAGCGGCGAAAAUGGCGAAAAACACGUCUCUUUAUUUUCGCAUUGUGGAAGGACGGAAUCUGCCUGCCAAGGAUGUCUCCGGAACCAGUGACCCAUACUGUAUUGUAAAAGUUGACAGCGAGAUCGUCGCCCGGACAGCCACGGUGUGGAAAAAUCUGAACCCAUUCUGGGGAGAGGAGUACACCCUGCACCUCCCUACGGGCUUCCACACACUCUCCCUCUACGUCAUGGAUGAAGACACCAUUGGCCAUGAUGACGUCAUCGGGAAGAUCUCUCUGAGCAAAGAGGCCAUUGCGUCCCAGUCCAAAGGACUGGAUGGCUGGCUGAGCCUGCGGCGGGUCGAGCCGGACGAGGAGGUGCAGGGCGAUGUCCACCUCAGCCUGGAGCUGCAGACAACCGGCCAGAGGGCCCUCCUGCGCUGUGAUGUCAUCGAGGCCAGGGACCUGGCUCCUCGAGAUAUUUCCGGAACUUCUGACCCAUUUGCCAGGGUCCUUUUCAACAACCACAGCGCUGAGACCUCGAUAAUCAAGAAGACACGCUUUCCACACUGGGGGGAGCAGCUGGAGCUGGAGCUGGAGCCGAGGGAGCUCACUGAUGGGGGCAGCCUGACCCUGGAGAUCUGGGACUGGGACAUGGUGGGCAAGAAUGACUUCCUGGGAAAGGUGGAGAUUCCCCUCUCCUGCCUGUUGAAGAGCCCCCUGCAGGAGGGCUGGUUCCGCCUGAUGCCCCUCAGAAACGCCGAGGAUGACGCAGGGGGCAAGUUGGGUGCCGUUCGGCUGAAAGUUCGCCUCAUUGAAGACCAGAUCUUGCCCUCCAUGUGCUACCAGCCCCUGGUGGACCUGCUGGUGGAGUCGGUCAUCAAACCUGUGGAGGUGGAUGAUGUGAGUCCGUUGACCAUGCUGGAGGAGGUGACCAUGGCGGAGAGCCGGCAAGAUGUGGCCAUGACACUGGUGAAGAUCUACCUAGGCCAGGGCCUGGUGGUGCCCUUCCUGGACUAUCUGAACAUGCGUGAGGUCAACCACACCUCUGACCCCAACACUCUGUUCCGCUCCAAUUCACUGGCCUCCAAAGCCAUGGAGCAAUUCAUGAAGGCCGUUGGCAUGCUGUACCUACACGAGGUGCUGAAACCUAUCCUCAACCGGAUCUUUGAGGAGAAGAAGUACGUCGAAUUGGACCCAUGCAAAAUCGAACUGAAUCGAACCAGGCGGAUCUCCUUCAAGGGUGUGGUCUCUGAGGCAGAGGUGCUUGAGAGCAGCGUGGAGGUCCUGCAGGGCUACCUGUUGGCCAUCAUGGAUGCCAUCGUGGGCUCUCUGGCACAGUGCCCCAUCGUGAUGCGUGUCGUCUUCAAGCAGCUGCACAAGCGUGUGGAGGAGCAGUUCCCAGGGCCCGCACACGAGGAUGUGAAGUACCUGGCCAUUGGCAGUUUCCUCUUCCUGCGCUUCGUGGCUCCUGCCAUCCUGACGCCGAAGCUGUUCCACCUGCGGGAGCGGCAUGCGGAUGCACGCACUGCUCGUACACUGCUGCUGCUGGCCAAGGCUGUGCAGAGCAUUGGUAACCUGGGCCUCCAGCUCGGCCAAGGGAAGGAGCAGUGGAUGGCCCCUCUGCACCCUGUCAUCCUGAGCAGUGUUGGCUCCUUCAGAGACUUCCUGGACAAGCUCAUCGAUGUUGAUUGUGAGACCGUUUCUGACAGGCUGCAGAGGGCUCCAUUUCUGCCCUCGGUGACACUGAAGGAGGGAUAUCUGCACAAGCGCAAGACGGAGGGACCGCAGCUGCUGACGCGGUUUGCCUUCAAGAAGCGCUACUUCUGGCUGAACAGCGAGAGCCUGUCUUAUGCCAAGAGCCCCGACUGGCAGGUGGGCCCCGGGGUGAGGUCCUCCAUCCCCAUGGAGCAUGUUUGCGCCGUGGAGCGCGUCGACGAGAAUGCCUUCCAGCUGCAGCAUGUCAUGCAAGUGCUGAUGCGGGACGGGGACGGGCAGACAAGCACCAUGUACCUCCAGUGCAAGAACGUGAACGAACUGAACCAGUGGCUGUCGGCGAUCCGCAAGGCCAGCAUAGAGACCUCCGGUAAGCUUCCCUCAUACCACCCAGGGACACACAGAGGAGGAAGGUGGACGUGCUGUCUGCAGAGUGACCGAGCAGCUCACGGCUGCAGCCGAACACAUUCUGCUGUGACUCUGGGAGACUGGAGUGACCCUCUGGACCCUGACGCAGAGGCACAGACCAUCUACAAGCACCUUCUUCAGGGAAGGGACGCACUCAGGGAGAGGUACCUGGAGCUGCCGGAUGACGAUGCCGGGAGGAAGCACCUGACCUCCAGCCAGUCCUCAGACGACACAGCGUGUGCAAUGCUGCUGGGCCGGCGUGGACAAGCUGUGGCCUCCAGGCUGCUGGCCAUGGUGCUGGAGCUGGAACGUGCCCACCUGACCUUCCAACAGAGGGAAGCUGAGGAGGCAAUCAACCACAUCAUGACCCCCUAGGCUUGGGGGCCGUGGGGGGCUGGGGGCCCCUGGGUAUUGACAGUUCAUGUGCGUGGCUUACGUCCUGCUGGUUUUUUGUUCAUGAGUGGACGCUGAUUGGCUGAUUACGGCCGGGGCUUCAUUUCCCAUUCUGGAAACUUCUAAUCAAGACUGGUGUUGCACGCACCAUAUUUGUCUGUUGUGUCAGAGAAGCACGUCUGCAGAUUAUGGGCUCAUCAUGGAACCUCCUUCUCAUUGGACCUAUGGGAGACACGAGCAUUGGCGCACUGCCAAGUGUGUGAGUUUUUUUACUUUUAACCUUUGGUCCUUUGUGAGGUGGUGCCAGUCGCCAUAGUGACUUCUCAAUGGCCUGUGGUUUCUGUGAGGAGGUAGUGGUGUAGCUCUGAUUAUGUAAGAUGGCCGGUGGUCAUCCCACAGUCUGCAUUGUCUGUAUGCCGUAUAUCCUUCUGCAGUUGGAGCAUGUGCCCGUUCCUCAGAGUGCCAUUCUGUCUGGCCCCACCCCCUACUAGCAAAAUGUGUGUGGGGCCAAACAUGGGAGUAAGUGUGGGCAAUGACAUAUAUUUAGUCGACCUGCAAUCACAUGACUGCAAGUGUAAAUUUGACCGCCAUACUGGAGAAGCGAAUCCUCACACUGUGCAGCUUUUUGCUGCAGAAGCAGGUGUGGAUCUUUCUCCAGUGAUAUAACGACCUACCAGUUUGUGUGUUUAUUGAUCAUUGCAUACUGUUGUAAGAUUCAAGAAGUUUAUUUGUUACAUGCAUAGUUAUACAUGUACAACAUAAAGUACAGUGAAAUGUAGUCCUGAAUCACUCCUGAGACUUAAAUUUAGAUUUAAAUAAAAUAGAUAAAACGAAUUUCAGAGACUAAACUAAAUCUAAAAUGAAAUCUAAGAACUAAAUAGCAAAUAAGUGAUAUGAACACUCAAGUAAUUAGGAUUUAACGUGGCAUUGUGCUUGUCCAGUGCGGAUUCUAGUGAGAGUGAGGCAUGUCUUGGUUGAGGAGCCUGAUGAUCUGAGGAAAAAAGCUCCUUCUGAGUCUCUCUGUUCUUGUCAUGAGGCUGCGGAACCGUUUUCCUGAGUUCAGCAGACGGAACAGACACUUGCUAGGAUGGGAAGGGUUUUUAAUGACUUUGAUCGCUUUGGUCCUGCUGAGCCUGGUGUAGAUGUCCUGUAGUGAGGGAAGAUAAGAUCUGCAACUGUACUCUGCUGCUUUGAUCACUCAUUGCAGGGCUUUGCGGUCUUGGAUGGAGCAGUUACCAAACCACGCUGUGAUGCUAAUGGUCAGGAUUCUCUCAAUAGCACCUCUGUAGAAGGUCUUGAGGAUCGUAGAAGAAACCUUAAACCUCCUUAAUUGCCUCAAAUGAUAAAGUUGUUGCCUUGCCUUAGUAAUGUACUAUAUGUUUCAAAAAUCCUUAUCUGAAGGUGUGGUACCUUCUGAUUGGAAGCACGCCUUCAUAACGCCUAUUUUCAAAAAAGGGGAUAGAAGUAAUUUGUCUAACUAUAGGCCAAUCAGUCUAACUUGUAUAACUGGUAAAGUUAUGGAGGCUAUAAUCAAAGAGAAAAUGAUAGAUUACCUGGACUCCAAUAACAUUUUGCGGGAUAGCCAGCAUGGAUUUAGAAGAGGUAGAUCCUGUUUAACAAAUCUGUUGGAGUUUUUUGAGGAAGCUACUCAGGAAGUUGAUGAUAAGAAGGCCUAUGAUGUCAUCUACUUAGAUUUCCAAAAGGCUUUUGAUGUUGUCCCCCACAAGAGGCUCCUACUUAAACUCAAAGCGACUGGUAUUUUAGGUACCGUAGCGACCUGGAUUGAUAACUGGUUAACAGAUAGGAAACAGCGAGUAGUUAUAAGAGGCAUAAUGUCACAGUGGGCUUGCGUUCAUAGUGGGGUACCGCAGGGUUCGAUUUUAGGACCACUAUUGUUCCUAAUUUACAUAAAUGAUAUGGAUACCAAUAUAUACAGUAAACUGGUGAAAUUUGCAGAUGACACCAAGGUGGGUGGUGUAGCAGAUACUGAAUUAGUGGCUCAGCAGCUACAGCGGGAUCUUGAUUUAAUUAGUGACUGGGCCGAUACCUGGCAGAUGAAAUUUAACGUCGAUAAAUGUAAGGUACUCCAUCUAGGGAGCAGAAAUAUAAAGUACAGGUAUUUCAUGGGUGUCACUGAAAUAAAGGUAGCUGAUCAUGAGAAAGACCUUGGUGUGUAUGUUGAUGCUUCCAUGUCCCAUUCUCGCCAGUGUGGGGAAGCAAUAAAAAAGGCCAAUAGGAUGUUGGGGUAUAUCUCCAGGUGUGUGGAGUUUAAGUCAAGGGAGGUAAUGCUAAGAUUAUACAAUUCCUUGGUGAGACCUCACCUAGAAUAUUGUGUGCAGGUUUGGUCACCAUAUCUUAAAAAGGACAUUGUGGCCUUAGAAAAGGUGCAGCGUAGGGCCACAAAAAUGAUUCCUGGUCUUAGAGGAAUGUCAUACGAGGAACGGUUACUUGAGCUAAAUCUGUUCAGUCUCAAGCAAAGGAGAUUGAGGGGGGACAUGAUCCAGGUAUAUAAGAUUCUAACAGGUUUGGAUGCUGUUCAACCAAAUAGUUACUUCAGCAUUAGUUUAAAUACACGAACUCGUGGCCAUAGGUGGAAAUUAGCGGGAGAACAUUUCAAGCUGGAUUUAAGGAAGCACUUCUUUACGCAGCGUGUAGUCAGAGUAUGGAAUAGCCUUCCUGAUAAUGUAGUGCAAGCUGAAUCCUUGGGUUCCUUUAAAUCAGAGCUAGAUAAGAUUUUAACGACUCUGAGCUAUUAGUUUAGUUCUCCCCAAGCGAGCUUGAUGGGCCGAAUGGCCUCCUCUCGUUUGUAUAGUUCUUAUGUUCUUAUGUUCUUAUUACCAAAAGUAUUGGGACACCUGCCUUCACACAGACAUGAACUUUAAUGAUAUCUAAUUCAUAGAUUUUAAUAUGGAGUUGGCCCACCCUUUGUAGCUAUAAAAGCUUCAACUCUUCUUGGAAGGCUGUCCACAAGCUUUAGGAGGGUGUUUAUGACCAUUUUUCCAGAAGAGCAUUUGAGAGGUCAGGCACUGAUAUUGGACGAGAAGGCCUGGCUCACAGUCUCUGCUCUCAUUUAUCCCCAAGGGGUCAGGGUUCUGUGCAGGCCAGCUAAGUUCCUCCACACCAGACUCGCUCAUCCAUGUCCUUAUGAACCUUGCUUUUUGCAUUGGUGCACAGUCAUGUUGGAACAGGAAGGGGCCAUCCCCAAACUGUUCCCACAAAGUUGGGGGUAUGAAAUUGUUGAAAAUGGCAAUAUAUGAAUGAAAAUACUGCAGCAUUAAGAGUUCCUUUCACUGGAACUAAGGGGUCAACCCCUGAAAAACAAUCUCACACCAUAACCCCCCUCCACCAAACUUUACACUUGUCACAAUGCAGUCAGGCAAGUACCGUUCUCCUGGCAACAGCCAAACCCAGACUCCAUCAGAUUGCCAGACAAAGAAACGUGAUUCGUCACUUCUGGAUUGGUCAGUCCAGUGGCAGUGUGCUUUACACCACUGCGUCCAACACUUUGCAUUGCACUUGGUGAUGUAAGGCUUGGAUGCAGCUGCUCGGCCAUGAAAACCCAUUCCAUGAAGUUCUCUACGCACUAUUCUUCAGUAAAUCUGAAGGCCACAUGAAGUUUGAAGGUCUGUAGCUAUUGACUCAGCUCGCGUUCUGACUGUGUCAUCUUCCAUGUAUGACCCGCUGCCUUACUUCUGGUUGCCUGGCGAUUGGAGGGCACCGGCUUGUCAUCACCUCCCUGCUCCCAGGUUGUGUCUCAGAUUUUAUGAUUUGGACAGUAUGACUCGGCCCUUAGCCAUCUCUCCUAUUUGACUCUCCCUGCUGGCCCCUGGAGGAUGAGAUCCCCCAUUGAGUCUGGUCCCUCUUAAAGUUUCUUCCUUUUUGGGAGUUUUUCCUUGCUACUGUCGCUUAUGGGUUUUUUUUUGUUUGUUGUUUGUUGGAUGAAGUGACUUCAGAGUUAUUUAAUUGAAAUACAAGUAAUUUGUAAUUUGAAAAUUGGCCCGAAAAUGGCACGAGGUACUGUCCCCAGGUGGGUCCACCACCCGCAAGGGGAAUGUCAGGAGUUCGGUGCAUUCUGGAUCGGGUGACGGCCAAAGGAGGCCCUGGCUUUUGGGACACGGAAUGUCACCUCUCUGGUGGGGAAGGAGCUUGAGCUUGUGCGCGAGAUUCAGAGAUACCCACUAGAUAUAGUUGGGCUCACCUCAACGCAUAGCAUGGGUUCUGGAACCAAUCUCUUCGAUCGGGGCUGGAGUUGUGGCGGGUGAGCGGCGCUGGGCAGGGUUGGGGCUACUGGUGGCCCCGCAGCUCGGUGCAUUAAUAAUGGAGUUUACCCCAGUGAAUGAGAGGGCUGCCUGCGCCUUUGGGUUGGGGAUAGGUCUCUGACUGUCAUCUGCGCCUUUGGGUCGGGGAUAGGUCUUUGACUGUCAUCUGCGCCUUCGGGUCGGGGAUAGGUCUUUGACUGUCAUCUGCGCCUUCGGGUCGGGGAUAGGUCUCUGACUGUCAUCUGCGCCUUUGGGUCGGGGAUAGGUCUCUGACUGUCAUCUGCGCCUUCGGGUCGGCGAUAGGUCUCUGACUGUCAUCUGCGCCUUCGGGUCGGGGAUAGGUCUCUGACUGUCAUCUGCGCCUUCGGGUCGGGGAUAGGUCUCUGACUGUCAUCUGCGCCUUCGGGUCGGGGAUAGGUCUCUGACUGUCAUCUGCGCCUUCGGGUCGGGGAUAGGUCUCUGACUGUCAUCUGCGCCUUUUGGUCGGGGAUAGGUCUCUGACUGUCAUCUGCGCUUAAGCGCCAAAUGACAGUUUGGAGUACCCGGCCUCCUUGGAUUCCAUCGUCUUGCUGGGGGACUAUAAUGCUCACGUGGCUGACAGUGUGGCCUGGAGGGGGGUGAUUGGGAGGAAUGGCCUCCCUGAUCUAAACCUGAGUGGUGUUCUGUUAUUGGACUUCUGUGCAAUGCAUGGUUUGUCCAUAACGAACACCAUGUUCGAGCAUAAGGGUGUCCAUAAGUGGACAUGGUACAAACAUGCCUGGGCAAUGAUCGAUUUUAUAGUCGUAUGAUCUGAUCUGUGGCCUUCUGUCUUGGACACUUGGGUGAAGAGAGGAGCAGAGCUGUCAACUGAUCACCACCUGGUGGUGGGUUGGCUCAGGUGGCAGGGGAGGAGGCCAGUCAGACCUGGUAGGCCUAAGCACAUAGUGAGGGUCUGCUGGGAACAUCUGGCAGAGGCUCCUGUUUGCCGGAGCUUUAACUCGCACCUCCAGCAGAAUUCCAACUGCAUACCAGGGAAGGUUGGGAAUAUUGAGUCUGAAUGGAAAGUUUUCCGGACCACCACUGUGGAAGCGGCUGUAUGGAGUUGUGGCUGUAGGGUGGUUAGUGCCAAUCGUGGCGGUAAACCCUGUACCUGAUAGUGGACACCAGAAGUGUGGGGGACUGUCAUGCUGAAGAAGGAGGCCUACCGGGAAUUAUUAGUCCGGAGGUAGCUGAUGGGUACUGGCAGGCCAGGCGGAAUGCGGCUCUGAUGGUUGCGGAAGCAAAAACCUGGGCAUGGGAGGAGUUUGGUGAGGCCAUGGAAAGUGACUUUCAGCCUCAAAAAGGUUUUGGCAAAUCAUCCGGAAUAUCAGGAGGGGGAAGCAGCUCCUGGUUCCUACUAUUUAUAGUGGGGAGGGGGUGCUGUUGACCUCAGCUGGGGACAUCACCCAGAGGUGGUAGGAAUACGUUGAGGACCUCCUGAACCCUGCCUCAGAUACAUCUACAGUACGUGUACCGCCUGCGAGACAUCAGAGGGCACGGGGCCCGAGGGGGCUGGGGUGGACUUGCCCACCACUGGAGCUGAGGUGGCCAGGGUGGUUAAAGAGCUCCGUGGUGGCUGGGCCCUGGGGUGGAUGACAUCCACCCGGAGUACCUGAAGGCUCUGGAUGUUGUGGGACAAUCAUGGCUGACACGCCUUCUCAACAGCGCAUGGAGGUCAGGGGCAGUACCGCUGGAUUGGCAGCCCGGGGUGAUGGUCCCCUUAUUUAAGAAAGGGGACCGAAGGGUGUGUUCCAACUAUAGGGGGAUCAGACUUCUCAGCCUUCCUGGGAAAGUCUAUUCCGGGGUAGUGGAGAGGAGGGUGAGAUCGAUAGUUGAAUCUCGACUGGUGACCAUACAGACCCUUCCAGACUUGAUCUCCCCGUGGCAGUGGUGUGACCACACAUACCCUUCCCGGCUCGACUUCCGUUUGGCAGACGCAGGACCACACAGAUCCUUCCCGGCUCGACCUUGGUUUGGCAGGUGCGUGACCACACAGAUCCUUCCGGGCUCGACCUUGGUUUGGCAGACGCGUGACCACACAGAUCCUUCCCGGCUCGACCUCGGUUUGGCAGACCGUGACCACACAGAUCCUUCCCGGCUCGACCUCAGUUUGGCAGAUGCGUGACCACACAGACCCUUCCGGGCUCGACCUCGGUUUGGCAGGUGCGUAACCACACAGAUCCUUCCUGGCUCGACCUCGGUUUGGCAGACGCGUGACCACACAGACCUUUCUGGGCUCGACCUCGGUUUGGCAGACCGUGACAACACAGACCCUUCCGGGCUCGACCUCGGUUUGGCAGACCGUGACAACACAGACCUUUCUGGGCUCGACCUCGGUUUGGCAGACAUGUGACCACACAGACCUUUCUGGGCUCGACCUCGGUUUGGCAGACCGUGACAACACAGACCCUUCCGGGCUCGACCUCGGUUUGGCAGACGUGUGACCACGCAGAUCCUUCCCGGCUCGACCUCGGUUUGGCAGACGCGUGACCACACAGAUCCUUCCCGGCUCGACCUUGGUUUGGCAGGUGCGUAACCACACAGACCCUUCCGGGCUCGACCUCGGUUUGGCAGACGCGUGACCACACAGAUCCUUCCCGGCUCGACCUCGGUUUGGCAGACGCGUGACCACACAG